UUCAAGUCAUUGAUUUAUAAGUCCAAAGCUAAAUGGCUUGGGUAUUAGUUAAAUGGGUGGAAGAACCACCUAUGUGGGAUGUCGUGGAGGUGAGCGAAUGCUGUAAAGAGCUGAAGUUUCUCGCUGCUACGAAAACUCUCAAGAAGGCUAUUGGAAAAGUAUUUGAUUUUCCUUGGGGAGAAGAAACGGGACCAGCAUAUGUUCUGGAUUUUGGUAAACAGAACACCAUGGAGAAUAAACGAACAGAAGCUGCACUGGAAUUGGAAAAAUCUAAACCAGCAGGAAAAGGACUUCGUCCAAAAAAACGAAAAGUUUUGGAUGGAGAAGAAUUGGAAUCAAGUUCGGAGAACUGCUCAGCUGAAACAACUUCUACCAGCACAAGCCGUAAAGUCAAAAAGGUCGACUCUUUCCGUAGAGACCAGAACCUUUUUGAUGAUCUAGAGAGAAAGAAACGGGAUGAGAGUAAUACUGCUGAGGUAUGUGGGAAGUGUGAGAAGUAUGACAGGCUAAAGAAGAAGUAUAGAGAGCAGAAGGAAAGGAUCAGAUCGCUAGAAAAAGAAGUAAAGCAGUAUAAAGAUAUUGCUGCUGAUGCUGGGUGUUUGGUGAACUCACGAUAUUAA